AAAUCCCAUGGUUAUGAUAUUCGAGUUAACAUAAGCUGCAGCACCAUUUUACAACACCAUUAAUCACGAGAAUUUGAGGAACGUCCCAUACUCCGAUAAAAGUUUUUGAUUGCUGCAAAUUAGACAACAAAGCCGACAAGCUACGCGAUGAAAAUGAAAUCAUCAAAUAUAGUGUUCUGCUUCAUGAUAAUUCUGUCAACGUUGUCCUAUUCGUCUACACAGUACACAAGAGACGACGGAGACGACUCCGAAUUUUUGUCCUCGGGAUCUGGAAUGAUCACAGAUGACGAUGACCAAACCACAAAUGAGGUGGCGUACGUGAUGAUCGAGAUCAAGUUCUCUACCAAGUUCCAUUUUACCAGCAAUCCCAACAGUCAAGAGUUCAAGUACGAGGCACUCGAACAACUCAUCAAUGCGCUGAACAGAAAUGGUGGUCCCAACGGUGAUUUAUCUCAACCGGCUAUUGUUGAACAUGAAGACAUAACAAUUGAACAAUUGCGCAUUCGACGUGCAGCGGACACAGACACAGAAAGCUCUUUUUCAUCUCGAAUUGGGACUGCGAGGUCGCACAAAUUCAAAGCACUGGUUUGGGUUCCAGAAAACACAAAUGUGGAGGAGUACAGACAGAGGAUCUCCAGCAUGAAGAACGGCUUCUUCAAGGAUCUGAAAGUGCUGAAAUCAAACAAGCAGACGAAUAGAAAGAAUUUUGCUCAGCAGCAUCUCCAGGACUUCCGAGAGAAGUACAUCACACCCAGCACAGAUUCUGGCACUGGCAUCGAAGUAUCAACCUCACGACCUGGAGGAAAAGGGAAAGGUAAUACUGGGAAGGAUGACAACACUGCGACCGGAGGAGGCGGUACCAAUGUGGAUGUGGAAGUUUAUUACAAGACAUACCCUGAUGACUUCUUCAGGAGUCCAGCCACCCUUGCAGCGAUGAUCGCGGGUGCACUUGCAGGACUCCUCUGCACAAUACUGUGCACAAUAUUCGUAGUCUACAGGAUGAGGAAGAAGGAUGAGGGCUCUUAUGCUCUAGACGAGCCCAAGAAGUACAAACACGAGUACUACAUUGCCAGUGCUACUAAAGAAUUCUUCGCCUAAUGUCUAUUCACUUCACUACACCACAUAAAUGUCCCCAACCUGAAACUUUUCUAUCUUAACUGCAAAUGAACCCCAAACUAAUAUCCCUUACUUUACGCCAAAUUGGACGGACUCAGAAUCGAAUCAGGAGUCGAUACAAACCACAGCUGAUCGUAAAGAUUGUUCAAUUUUCCACCAAUCGACAGAAUGAAAUUGGCAGUUAAACUGCAGUUGAAAGUUUUGGCUGAUAUUCGUCAGUGUUUAGUUGGAUGCAGAAUUUGAUUGCGGCUUUGUAUAUUGUGGUUGCGGGAAUGGAAACAACGUUUCGUGUCAACUUUUGGUCCGAUUUGAUCUGAUCUGAAUUGUUCCUCCAAAAGUUUAUCCUUUCCUAGAUUCUGGUAUUGACCUUAUUUUUUCAUUUUGUUUGUUACCCCAAAAAAUAAAUGAUACGUGCAACGUGAAAAAUGCAGAAUAAAGUAGUGUUUCGAUUAGAUUUGCUGUAAAUUUAUACGAAUAAUAUUUCAUCAUGAUUGAUAGUUAUAGUAGCUGAUUCUCAGUAGAUUGUAUUAAUCGCUGCUUAUGAAAAAUUAUUUCGAGAUCUUGAUUUUUCAAAGUCAUGGAAAGGUGUUGGAUUUCGUAAAUACUUUCUCAUUAAAUGUGCUAAAAAAUUCUAAAAUUGUCACGUGAUUAUUUCAUUGCUAGGUUACUGCAGUUGUUUGUCUCGAAAUUGGUCAAACAACGAACACUUUAUUAUUAACUGGUAAUUAAUUAAUAAUAACUCAGUUGCGUUUCCCUCCCACCAAAUGUUGACGAAAUGACUUCUAACCAACAGCGUGCUAAAUCUUAAAAGUACUUUUUGUAUAAAAAAAAAAUUCGAAUUACGUCCAAUCUGAUCAAUUUUUGCUCACACAUUUAAUUUUUCCACUAGAUUUGUUGAUUUGUUUUCAUGUCAAUUUUAAGUUUUAUUACUCAUCCGGUAAUCCAUCUGAGCUCACAUGUAUAUUAAGGUCAUCCAAAUACGUCGAUUUUUUUUGUUUAAAUCUAAAAAUUUGAACCACUCCAUUUCAACUACAACACUUUUUCUUUCAGCAAAGUAUAAAGCUAAAAUCGUCAAUGAUUGCUAGCUAUAGCUGGAAUUUGAUGCGAAUUGAAAAACAAAGUCAAUUUAUUUAUUUUUUUUUGAAAUCCAAAAAAAAUCAAUUUAGAAUAUCGACAAGAAACUCGACAAAGUUUUGAAGAUUUCAUAGAAAAAGCUUCAUUUUAGCAAAAGCACAUUGUUUUCUAUCUUUCUAUUCUCUUUGCAGUAACAGCUAAAUUAUUAAAUCAAAGUUUUCAGAGUUGAUAAUUGAGUUUCAAUGAAAUUUAUCAAAAUAUUCUGAAAACUGGAAAUGAUGCUGGUGAAUUUGUAGUUUUGUAGUGUUGUUAUACAUUUUAGUUGAAAAUGCCAUAUAAUUAAUCUUCCUUUUCAGUCAUUUAGACUCGCACAAGGGACUUCGGUGCACUUUUUCAAUAACUCACAAAGCGCAGUAAGUUUCAACAAAAUUCACGAGUGGAAAAUACUGUUCAUAGCCAAAUCGACGAAAAUGAAACAAUAAGUAACAAGUAGCUAUUUUAUUUUUUAUCUAGAAGUAGUGAAAGUUUCCAGUUUAGUCGAUCUGGCACAAGAUUGUUUGAUUGGAUUAGCUGUGUGAUUUGCCAAAAAUUGGAAUGUUGUAAAUCCCUUAACACAAGUAGAAAAGGAUCUUCUUCAAAGUAGAAAUUACAGUUUUCAGCUACAA